GUAGUCGCAGGCGUGAGGAUUACGGUAUAUAACCGGCCAGGAUCGGGUGGUCUUGGAGUUGUGACUGUACCGGUUGUUGAUGGCUGAUGAUGUGGUAGUUGGGGCAAAUCCGCCUGGCUCCUCCACUAAAGGCGUCAACUCGUUGGGCGGUUCGCCCUGCUGCUGCGUUUGCUGCCCUGAGAGAUUCUCCUCCGCCAGAUCCUCCUGCUGGAUAGUGGUGGCCAGCUGGCGCUGGAGCACGUUUUUGGCCGAGCCAGUGCCGCUGCCGCUGCCACUGCCGCUGGCCAAGCUGAAAUCCUCCUCCUCGACCAGAGUUGCGCCGCCUGGAGGCGUGGAGAAAAGGCUGUUAGACGUCGGCGGCGAAGGUUGCGAGCGACUGCGCAGUAGCGCAAAGUGCUUGGGCUGGAUGGCCUGGGCGGAUGCACCGGUUCCAGCGGCCGUGGGCGAGGUGAUGCUCACUUCCGGGACGCAGCGGGCCGUCACCUUGUACCGACUGCCGCUGCCAACGGCGACGCCGACAUUGACGCCGGCGUGGCCCUUGGAGCGCAUCAGUCAUAAGUCGCUCGCGUCCCGCUUCUUGAUUUUGUUCAGGCUCAUGUGGUUCGUGGUGGUGGCGGUGUUGACGGUGUUGGCGAUGGUGGUUUUGAUUUGGAUUUGUAUGUUUGUUGCUAUCGGAUGUAUCUGA